AUGGCGUCCGUAAAACGAUUGAAUUUGAGCAAGUCACGUGAUGACGACGAAAGCUCGUCGGCUUCUUCAAUUAGUAACGAACGGGAGCAAGAGGCAUUGUCAGAGAGACCGGAGGAGGAGGAUUCCAGCUCUGACGAAGGUUCGGACAAGUGA